AUGUACCAUGGAGGGACUAACUUUGGCCGAACAACUGGUGGACCUUUCAUUUCUACAAGUUAUGAUUAUGAUGCACCUAUUGAUGAGUAUGGAAUUAUUAGACAACCCAAAUGGGGGCAUCUUAAAGAUUUGCAUAAGGCCAUAAAACUUUGUGAAGAAGCACUUAUAGCUACUGAUCCAACAAUUUCAUCUCCUGGUCCAAAUCUAGAGACUUCAGUUUACAAGACAGGAUCUGCAUGUGUGGCCUUCCUUGCUAACACCGGCACGAACGAUGCAACAGUUACCUUCAACGGCAAUUCAUAUCACUUGCCUGGAUGGUCUGUGAGCAUUUUACCAGAUUGCAAGAGUGUUGUUCUAAAUACUGCAAAGAUUAAUUCUGCAUCUACGAUUUCAAGCUUCGCAACUGAAUCUGUAAAAGAAGAGGUUGAUUCUUUGGGGAGUUCAAGUUCGGGAUGGAGUUGGAUUAGUGAACCGGUCGGUAUUUCAAAGGAUGAUGCAUUCACAAAAUCUGGACUUCUUGAACAAAUAAACACGACUGCAGAUAGAAGUGACUACCUGUGGUAUUCAUUAAGCAUUGAUGUUGAAGAUACUGCCGGUGCUCAACCUGUUCUUCACAUUGAAUCCCUUGGUCACGCCCUUCAUGCUUUUAUAAAUGGGAAACUUGCAGGGAGUGGAGUAGGAAACAGCGGAAACGCUAAGGUCAAGGUGGACAUCCCUAUUACACUUGUAUCUGGAAAGAACAAAAUUGAUCUCCUGAGUUUAACAGUGGGACUACAGAACUAUGGAGCUUUUUACGACCUAGUGGGUGCGGGGAUCACUGGUCCAGUAACAUUGAAAGGUUUGAGAAAUGGAAGUACUGUUGAUCUCUCCUCACAGCAAUGGACAUACCAGAUUGGUCUUCAAGGUGAAGAUUUAGGUUUGUCUAGUGGAAGUGUUGGACAGUGGAAUUCACAAUCUAACUUACCUACAAAUCAACCUUUGACUUGGUACAAGACGAACUUCAUUGCUCCUUCUGGAAGUAACCCAGUUGCAAUUGAUUUCACGGGGCUGGGAAAAGGAGAAGCCUGGAUGAAUGGACAGAGCAUUGGACGAUACUGGCCAACAUACGUCGCUCCAACUUCUGGCUGUACUGACUCAUGCAAUUAUAGAGGAUCCUAUUCUUCAUCGAAAUGUCUCAAGAACUGUGGAAAACCAUCACAAAUAUCAUUUCUCCUUUUUUAA